GGAGCUAGUAUAAUAAAUAUUUUUUACGACUUGUUUUGCCAAUUCUCCUAACAUUCCUGAAUGAUGAUGUUUAUUUAAUAGUAGUUUUGCUUUUAGAGCGUCUUUUUGACUGCGAUGUAGUUUGUAUAAAUUAUACAGCGAGUGUCUUAUUGUCAAAUCCUCCCCUCACAAUGCCUCCACUCUCAAUGCCAUUAUUCUCCUUCCUUGCCCUCUCCCUUCUCUCCUUCCCUCCUCUCCCCUCACCUACCCUCUCCCUUCCUCCCUCACUAAAUUAAACAAUUAAUUUUGAGUGAGAGUGUCACAUUUUCAAAUCAGACAUUCCUCUCCCCUGACAAUGCCUCCCCAAUAAAUGCCCUUCCUCGUCUCUCCUCCCCUCCACCACCCUUCUUUUUACUUUUUUUAUUGAGAGAUGGGAUUUAAAAUAGGUAAACAAUUAAUUUUUUAUGAGUGUGUCACAUUGUCAAAUCCUCGCUCUCUCCCCAUCCCUCCCCCCCUUCUCCGCUCUCAUCCUUCUAUUCAUUUUUUUAAUUUUUUUAGCUUUAUAAAUUUUUUUAAAUUAAAGGAGUUUUAAAAGAAAUUUUAAGUCUUUGAACGAAAUGUGGUUAUUUUUGCUUUUUAUGUGUUUUUCUUAUUUAAAUGCCGUGCCACACGGUGGAGGAGGAACUUCAACUCCUUCAAGUAAUGCGAAUGGACUGGAAGAUAGUAUUCGUCAAAAUUAUCCACAGUACGCUAAUAUGCCUUUCAACGACUUACAUCUUCAAGAAUUGUUUAAAACAUUACCAAAUUAUCCGAUAAGAGCACCAACAAUUUCUGUUGAUGUCAGUAGAAUAGAAGAUUGGUUUCUUCAAAACAAUCCAAAUUGUGCUAAUAUAACAUUUGAAAACGGACAUCUUUCAGAAAUGCUAAAGAUAAUUCGAGAACAUCCGAUAAGUAAAGAAAAUUUUGGAAAUUUUUAA